CACAGUAAUGAAGUUAAGAGCAGCUACCACAUGGAGCUUGAAGGUUUACAGCGGGCUGUUUCCAACCUGAAGAAAGAAGGUAUCUCCAUAACAGAAAUAAUAACUGACCGCCACCUACAGAUUCAGAAAUGGAUCAGGGAGAAUCUGCCUGAGACUCGUCACAGUUUUGAUGUAUGGCAUAUUGCUAAAGGGAUCAAGAAGAAAUUGAUUGGUAUCGCAAAAGAGAAAGACUGUGGUGUUGUUUACAGUUGGGUGAAAAGCAUAACAAACCAUGUGUACUGGUCAGCAGCGUCUUCUAAAGAGGGUGACGAGGAAUUGAUUGUUGAUAAGUGGAAGUCAGUAGCCAGUCACAUUCAGAACAUCCAUCAUGGACAUGGGGGCAAGUUUCCAUACUGCCAGCAUGAAGAACUCAAAGACAGAGAUUGGCUUAAACCAGGGACAAAGGCGUGUGCCAAAGUAGAAGAUGUCGUUCUCAGUAAACGUUUGUGCAAAGAUGUUGGUAAAAUGUCCACAUGCCAUCAGACGUCAACACUAGAAGCAUUCCAUAGUGUGAUUAACCACUUUGCUCCCAAAAUGAAUGGUUUCUCUUACAAUGGGCAGUUGUGCAGGCAACACAUAGCAGCCCUGCAUUUUAACGAAAAUGUAAACAGAAAAAACGCAUAUACUCAGGACGGAACCAAGAAAAUAAAAAUUUCAUUUCCCAAAUUCAAAAUGGACGAUGACUAUUCAGUGAAGCCAGUAAGGGAACAGAUGACAUUUACGUAUGUUGAUGCCCUGAUAACCGAAACAAUGAAAAUCUGCACACACCAGAAGAAAAUGGACCUUCAGACUCCAGUACCACCACCACUAACAGCUUUGAAAAGAAAACCUUGCAAGCAGGAGGCACUAUCUCAGCUAACUUCAAGGUUUAAGAAGAUAAAGAGGUGUCUGGAGGAGGACUUGAAAGUACAUAUGAAGUGAAUAAUUCAAUUAGUCAUUCAUUUAUCGGAAAAAUGUGAAAGCCUGUGAUUCUUGAAAAAAGAGUGUAAUGUGAGUGAUUAAUGAUAAGUAUAAAGAUGUUUCAGUAUCAGUGUAAAGGUCAGUCAUUUCAAGAAUGCUUUCCAGUGAAUCAGUGAUUUAUUAAUGUCGGUGUUUGAUCGUAGUGUAUACCAGUAGCUUUUCCAUUGAUGUAAAGAUCAUUUAUUCAUACAGAUCAUUGUACAGGAGUUAUGUUUGUAUAGGAAUACAUUUUAAAGCUGCUUUCCAUUGAAUUGCAAGCAAUUUUAUCAUUUGUCUAUAUGUUUUUUAUGGUUUCAGACUUUGCAUGUUUUGGUUUACAUAGUGUAAAUUAUUUUUCCAUAUUGUGUGAAAAAGUCUGUAGCAUGAUACUGGCACACCUAAAUGAUGAAUUAUGUAGGCGCAUGCGCCGAGGUUAAUGGUGUUAUUUUCAUAAUUGAAAUGCUAUUUUUAUUAUUGCUAAGUGUCGUUGACGACAGAUAGUAGUUUACUAUUGAAAUCUUUAAAAGAAUGCCAAUUUUAAGAAUUAUCAAUAUUUCACUAUUUAAACCAAAAUUUUUUGACUGUGUACAUGUAGAAUUAUUUUUUUCUAUAAUGAAAUUUGACUAGACAGUGGAAAGCAGCUUUAAAUGUCAUUGAAGAAUUUUUUUUGAGCUUUUCUUUAAAUUAUUUACCUUGGAAAAAUUGUAUAAACGUACUUAUAUAAAUUCCAACAGAAAGAUUAGAAUUGUCAAAUUUUACUAGACUAAUUGUUAUUU